AUGCUGCGCUAUCUGCCGGGACUGCUCCUGCUGCUCUGGCAGCUGCUGCUGCUGCCACCCCCCGCCGUCCCCGGCCCCCUGGACCGCCCCGGCUUCCUGAGGUUGGGGACCCGCGGCCCAGGGGGCAGCCCCGGACGCCGUCCCGCUCCGGCCGCCCCCACCGGCACGCCUUAUUCUGGGGCCGGCCAGCAUGGCGGGGCCCGCGGCGCAGGUGUUUGCAAGAGCAUGCCCUUGGACUUGGUGUUUAUCAUUGAUAGUUCUCGUAGUGUACGGCCUCUGGAGUUCACCAAAGUAAAAACCUUUGUCUCGCGGGUAAUUGACACUCUGGAUAUCGGGCCGGCAGACACGCGGGUGGCAGUGGUGAACUAUGCCAGCACCGUGAAGAUCGAGUUCCAUCUCCAGACCCACUCGGAUAAGCAGUCCCUGAAACAGGCCGUGGCGCGGAUCACACCCUUGUCCACAGGGACCAUGUCGGGCCUGGCCAUCCAGACAGCGAUGGACGAAGCUUUCACAGUGGAGGCAGGAGCUCGGGGACCCGCUUCCAACAUCCCUAAGGUGGCCAUCAUUGUGACAGAUGGGCGGCCCCAGGAUCAGGUGAAUGAAGUGGCGGCUCGGGCCCAGGCAUCCGGUAUUGAGCUGUACGCCGUGGGCGUGGACCGGGCAGACAUGGAGUCCCUCAGGAUGAUGGCCAGUGAGCCCCUGGACGAGCACGUUUUCUAUGUGGAGACCUAUGGGGUCAUUGAGAAACUUUCCUCUAGAUUCCAGGAAACCUUUUGUGCUCUGGACCCAUGCGCACUGGGCACACACCAGUGCCAGCAUGUGUGUGUCAGUGACGGGGAAGGCAAGCACCACUGUGAGUGCAGCCAAGGAUAUUCCUUGAAUGCCGAUAAGAAGACAUGUUCAGUUAUUAAUAAGUGUGCUCUUAACACUCACGGCUGUGAACACAUCUGUGUGAACGACAGAACUGGCUCUUAUCAUUGUGAGUGCUAUGAAGGUUAUACCUUAAAUGAAGACAGGAAAACAUGUUCGGCUCAAGAUCAGUGUGCUUUGGGCACACACGACUGUCAGCACAUUUGUGUGAAUGACAGAGCUGGGUCUCAUCACUGUGAAUGCUAUGAGGGCUACACUCUGAAUGAAGAUAAAAAAACGUGUUCAGUUCGUAACCAGUGUGCACUGGGCUCUCAUGGGUGCCAGCACAUCUGUGUGAAUGACGGGGCCGCGUCUUACCACUGCGAUUGUUAUACUGGCUACACCUUGAAUGAAGACAAGAAGACAUGUUCAGCCAUUGCAGAAGCACGAACACUCAUCUCCACAGAAGAUGCUUGUGCAUGUGAGGCCACACUGGCAUUCCAGGAUAAGGUCAGCUCAUAUCUGCAGAGACUGAACACCAAGCUUGAUGACAUUUUGGAGAAGUUGGCAGCAAAUGAAUAUGGACAAAUACAUCGUUAA